GCUCGUCCGCGUUCUCCCCCAUAACAGGGGGAUCCUCCCUCAAAUACCUCGCAAGGUUGAGGGUGGUUAGCCAAAAUAACAUCCUUUGCUGCCAUAUUUUAAAGCCAACACCUGUGAACUUUGCCGGUUCUUUGACAAAAUUUGCAGGUAGCAUGACAGUAGGAUGUCCGACCGGUGCGGAUGUGAAGACACCCGUGUUCGGUCCAAGUGAGGGAAUGACCGGUAUGGCCGAAGCCAUAUUCAGUCCGAGUGGGGUGACCAUUGCGGCCGUAGCCGCGGUUGGUCCAAUAACCAAGGUGACCGGAGCGGACCCCAUAGUCGCGCUCGAUCCAACGAAGGUGGUGAUCGGAGUGGACCCCAUGGCCGCACUCGAUCCGAAAGGAAUGUUGAUCGAAGUGGUCGGCCCAACAGAGCCACCCAAUCCAGCCGAAACGUUCACAACUGGAGUCUCGGAACUACUCUCGUUUCUGGAAAAGUAUUGUGAAGUUAUGGUUACUAAGUUUGAGGAAGAUCGUGAAAGGUGGCUAGUGUUCGAUAAAGAUGUUGAUUGGGUUCAAGCAUCUGGUGGGGUUCAAAAGGGAGAUCAAUGGACUAGUGUGCCUUUGGAGUUUUCUAAUGCAUUUUCUUCAGCGGCUAUGACAUCACAGGUGUUUCAGUCUACUUUGCCUUAUACUAGAGCCGAAUUAGAAGAGCCUCUUCCCGAAAAUGGAAAAGGGGCUUUUGCAUUGGUUAUUACCGAACAACCGAUGCAAAAGCCUCUUCCUAGAAAUGGCGCCAAUUCUAGGAAGAGACUUUUGCAUCAGUUGUUCGUGUACACUCCUCCGCUCUGCCUCUUUAAUAUGGAAAAUGGGGCGUCAAAAUUCAAAAGAAUUUGUGUUUUCUGUGGGAGUAGCCAAGGGAAGAAGAGUAGCUAUCAAGAUGCUGCUGUUGACCUUGGAAAGGAACUGGUUUCAAGGAACAUUGAUUUGGUUUAUGGAGGUGGAAGCAUAGGGCUGAUGGGUCUGGUCUCACAAGCUGUUCAUGAUGGUGGCAGACAUGUUAUUGGAGUAAUCCCCAAGACUCUCAUGCCCCGGGAGUUAACUGGUGAAACAGUGGGGGAAGUGAAAGCUGUUGCUAAUAUGCAUCAAAGGAAAGCAGAGAUGGGAAGACACUCAGAUGCUUUCAUUGCCUUACCAGGUUGGUACCAUAUAUUCCUCCCAUCCCAAUAGCCAUGGUAGAAGUAGCUUAAAUAUUUAUUACUACAAUAAAUUUGGGCUUGAGUGUUAUACAAAGAUUAAAGAGGGAAGAAAUAAAGAAAAAUAAUCAGAACUUAUAAUAUGUUUGGAUUUUACAAUGGAAGAAGUGGAAUUAAAAAUUAAAUAAUAAGGUGAAACGUCACUGGUCGAAGACGAACGGAUACGGAGCUUCUCGGUGUGUAGUCGGAAAGACGAACCUGCAAACGUUAAGGAAAGUGGAGUUGCCGGAGCUUUUCCUUAAGGUAGUGUCGCCCGCCUCCCGCACUGGCUAACAUGGACGAUCCCUUCCCAGUAUAAAACCGCUAACGUGCAAAGUCUGUAGCAAUAGAGCAGUGCACCGACGAACUUAGAACGAUGGAGAGUUACUCGCCCGAAAAGAUGAUCAGAAAUUGAGAGAGGUUUAGACGUAGAGAGAGAGUUCUGAAAGCUGAGACUUCCUUC